UAUUCAUUUGAUGGCUGUUUUCAAAGAAGGUGGGACCUCAUUUAAAAACUCAAUAGCGUAAUCCUUUGACUCCAGCUCAUAGUCAAAGAAGCCAUUUCCUACGUCAGAAAAGUAAAAAUUAGACAAAAAAUUAAUAAUAUCAUCCAAAAGCAACAGACUAUAAAAGGCAAGAGAUUUGCACCAAAGGAUAUAUCAAAGAUCACCAACAAUGGCAGAGGUAAAGAUUAUAGGGUCAGCUUCAAGCCUCUUCUGCAUAAGGGUUGAAUGGGCCUUGAAGCUUAAAGGAAUCGAGUAUGAGUACAUACCUGAAGACUUGAGAAACAAAAGUGAGCUGCUUCUCAAGUCCAAUCCUGUGCUCAAGAAAAUACCUGUGCUUUUGCACAAUGGCAAUGCCAUCUCCGAGUCGCUUCUCAUUAUCGAAUACAUCGAUGAGACCUGGAAGGAGAACCCGAUAUUGCCUGAAGAUCCGUAUGACAGAGCCAAUGCUCGCUUCUGGGCUAAGUUUUUAGAUGAGAAGGGCUUGUUGGGUGCCUGGGAAGCUUGCCAGGCUGAAGGAGAAGAGAAGGAGAAGGCUGUAGAGGCUGCAGUACAAAAUUUGGCACUGAUUAAUAAAGAAAUACAAGGAAAGAAAUUCUUUGGUGGGGAGCAAAUCGGUUACCUAGAUUUAGCUGCAGGUUGGAUUUGCCACUGGCUCAAUGUUCUGGAUGAAGUGGGAGAAAUGAAUGUGUUUGACAAAGAGAGGGUCCCAUCCCUUCAUGAAUGGGCUCAAAACUUCAUCCACAUUCCAGUUAUCAAAGAAUCCCUUCCACCCAGAGAAAUUCUUGUCAACUACUUCAAGGGGAGUCUGAGCUACGUCCGGUCCUUAGCUGCAAAAAAGUAAUAAGAUGUCUCAUCCAAUGUCCAUAUUUCAUUACAAAUGAGUUUAUUCUCACAAUAAGAAUACAGCUAGUCAACGUGAAACAAAUUCAUAGGUUAAAAAAUCAUAGGUGUUUGCGUUUGAAUACUCUUUUAUUACCAUGGAGUGAUAUGUAUCUAUUUCAUUGAGUGUUCCGUUAAAUGAUAUAAUUAAAUUUACUUUCACCCAUCAA